GGACGCUUCCUGCCGGCGGACCGGCGCGCGUGAGCGGAGCGGCGCGGCGCGUGGGGCCGCCAUGGCGCGCGCGGGCGGCGGGCUGUUCGCCGGCUUCCGCGUGCUCGGUCAGUUCAGUGGCCACGUCCCGCACGUCCUGCGCUACCACGCCCGUCACCGCCAGUUCUACCUGGCCGUCGCUAUCGGGCCCAGCAUCCACACCUACAACGUGAACAAGCUUGGAAUUGUUGCUAUCAGUAAUGCUUUGCCACAAGACAUUACAUGUUUGGCUGCAGACCGCAUGUUGCUGUUUGCUUCAUAUGACAAUAUCCUCCAUGCUUUUGCCAGGAACAAAGAGGUGGUUCAUACCUAUGAAGGUCACAAGGCUAGGAUACACCUUCUGCUGCCUUUUGGUGAUCAUGUAAUUUCUGUGGAUGUUGAUAAUGUUCUUAUUGUCUGGAACACACAGUCAGAAGAGGAGUAUCUUCAAGUGGAUUUUGAUAAGGCCACUUUUGCGGUUUCUGCAAUUAUGCAUCCCAGCACCUAUCUGAAUAAAAUUCUCCUUGGGAGUGAACAAGGGACCUUGCAGCUGUGGAAUAUAAGAUCGAACAAACUGUUAUACUCGUUUCCAGGAUGGCAGUUUGCGGUCACAACUCUUGAACAAGCUCCAGCAGUGGACGUUGUUGCAGUUGGUCUUGUAUCUGGUCAUAUCAUUGUACAUAAUAUUAAGUUUGAUGAAACUCUGAUGAAGUUUCAACAAGACUGGGGUCCCAUCACAGCAAUAUCUUUUCGUACAGAUGGACACCCAGUAAUGGCAGCUGGCAGCCCAAUUGGACACAUUGCUUUGUGGGAUCUAGAAGAGAAGAAGCUAAUGUGUCAGAUGCAAGAAGCUCAUUCCACAGCAAUAGCUGGUAUGUCGUUUGUCCCUGGAGAGCCACUUCUUAUUACUAAUGGUGCUGAUAAUGCUUUACGGGUGUGGAUUUUUGAUGGACCUGGUGGUACAGGACGUGUAUUGAGAAGCCGAAUGGGACAUAGUGCACCACCAACAAAGAUCAGAUACCAUGGGCAAAAUGGAGAGCAAAUUCUUAGUGCAGGUCAAGAUGGAACAUUGCAGUGUUUUUCAACGGUGCAUGAAAAGUUCAAUAAAAGUUUAGGACGUGGUUCAAUUAACAAAAAGAAAUCAAAAAAGAAAGGUCUUAAGCUUGAUACCAUGGCACUUCCACCAAUUACAGUCUUUGCUUCAGAAGUGGCACAUCAGAGUGACUGGGAUAGUAUUGUUGCCUGCCAUCAAGGGUAUAUAACCUGUACAACGUGGAACUAUAUGAAAACUUCCAUGGGAGCUCAUAAACUGAGGCCAGAAGAAUUUAGCAAACACAAACCUGUAGAUAUCUAUGCAACAGCAGUUGACAUUACCUCAUGUGGGAAUUUUGCUGUAAUUGGGCUGUCAUCUGGACGGGUAGAUGUGUACAACAUGCAGUCUGGCAUUCACAGAGGGAGUUAUGGCAAAGGAACAGCACAUGAGGGCGCCGUUAGGGGGGUAGCAGUGGAUGGAUUAAACCAGCUGAUAAUCACAGCUGGUAGUGAAGGAUUAAUUAAAUUUUGGAAAUUCAAAUCUAAAGAGCUAGUUUACUCCACUGAGCUUUCUUCUUCUCCAAAUGGAAUUCUGCUUCACAGAGACAGUGGUAUUCUGGGAAUUGCCUUUGAUGACUUCAGUAUUAGUGUUUUGGAUAUAGAAACCAGGAAGACUGUCAGGACGUUCUCAGGACACCGAGGACAGAUUAAUGACAUGACUUUCAGUCCUGAUGGUCGUUGGCUAAUAACUUCAUCAAUGGACUGUACCAUUAAGACUUGGGACCUUCCCUCUGGAUGCCUCAUAGAUUGUUUUUUGGUAGACUCUGCAGCUGUGAGCCUUGCUAUGUCUCCUACAGGAGAUUUUCUAGCUUCAACACAUGUGGAUGAUCUUGGGAUUUAUUUGUGGUCCAACCGUUCUUUGUAUUCACUUGUCUCUUUACGGCCCCUUCCAGCAGAUUAUGAACCUUCUAUGGUGACACGCCCUAGCACCUGCCCUGUACAAGAUGUGGAUGUGGCGGGAGAUGAAGAAGUAUGUGAUGAAAUGAUAGAAUAUGUCUCACCUGAACAACUGGGAGAGCAGCUGGUGACCCUUUCCACACUACCAGAAUCAAGGUGGAAAAACCUCCUCAGUCUUGAUGUUAUCAAGAAAAAAAAUAAACCAAGAGAGCCACCAAAAGUUCCCAAGUCGGCCCCUUUCUUCAUCCCAACAGUUCCUGGUCUUAUACCUCGAUACAUUGCUCCGGAGGAAGAGAAUGGUACACAGUCAAAGGUAGUAAACCUUGGAGUACUGGCACAGAAAACUGAUUUCUACAUCUAUCUUGAAGAAGCCCUCAGCACUAAUAAAUAUACAGUUCCACUUAACUUACUGAAAAGCUUGGGACCUUCUAAUAUUGAGAUAGAGCUGAGGGGUUUGGCCCCUGAAGGUGGUGGCUCAGUGGAGGUGAUGCUAAGCUUUUUGAGAAUGAUUGGAAUGAUGCUGAACAAGAAGUACAACUUCGAACUUGCUCAGGCAUACCUUGCACUAUUUCUAAAGUUACAUCUUAAGAUCCUUUCAUCAGAGCCAAAUCUAUUGGAAGAAUUAUCCAGAUUGUCAACCCAGCUUGAGGAAACUUGGAUUCAUUUGCGGACUCUCUUCAAUCAGAGUCUGUGUGUGUUAACAUAUAUGAAAAGUGCUUUGCUGUAAAAUACUUACAGGUUUUGUCUGCAUAAAAUUCCCCUCGGGGUAGUAGUACAAUUUAUUACCAAAAAUACUGGAUUCCGAGAACUACACUGGGACUUCUGAUGCUGUAUUUUAUAUAUCUGCAUAUGGCAAAGUAUUUUAGAACGUGCAUAACUGAGUACUUCUGUUCACUUCAGUUGGAACAAGAAUUAAUAUGUGCAGCUUAAAUAUUCAUUUUGUAUUAGUUUGUGUUGCCAAUGAACGAACAGUUGGAGAGCUAUAGGUAACGUCGCUAGUUACCUUAUGCUUUCAUGACCAAAAAUGUAAAUCAGAAUGAAGAAAUGACUUGCAAAAAAAAAGUUGGAAUGUAAUUUCUGUGCAGGAGACCAAAGCUUAUGUUGUGCUUAAUGAACAAUUAUUGUUGAUGAAAAAAAAAUAAAACAAAAAUUCUGGAUUGUUAACAACUUAUUAACAUCCAUUUAAGGCAAAUGAAUAUAAAAAUCACAGUCCCCUGCAAUCUGUGCACUUUUCCUAUGACGUUUGUAAAAAUUAGUUUUCUCCUCACUUUGGCAAGCUGUGUUCACUAUUUUGCCUCAGACACCUAUUUUGGAAAGCAAAGAUUUCUAGCUACACUGCAAACCAUGGAACUUGAAGACAAAAAAAAACCCCAAACAAGACACAAGACUAAACCAACCCCCCCCCCCCUAUUUUUUAUAACCAGGUUUCUUGCUCUAAUUGCAUAAGAAAUUGAGGCUCAAUUUCUUAUGAAAAUUUGGAUUCUUUUCUUAAGGAGAUAAAGAUUAGCAGAAUAAAAGUUUUGAGUUGUGGGGAAUUUUUAAUUGAAUCAGGUGUUAAUUUUAUGAAUUGAUACUUAGGUUUCAAAUAAUAAGGUAAGGGCAGAGUUUGGGAUCUCAUGAAUAGGAUUAUCGUAAACUUUGCUGUUUGAGAGUACUGCCUCACAGCAGAAGAAUCUCUUGAACAAGGCCUUUGCUGUAUUUCACAUGGUCCAGCUAUGUACACAGACUAACAGAGUAAUACAAAUGUAUGCAAUUUUGAUGAGAACACUUGCAAGAUGGGUUCAUUGCAUUUGGCAUAAGACUGAAACAAUAGUGUGGUUUAGUUGUUCUAUAUAUGUGAUGAUUUACUUUUUUAAAAUGCCAUCAUAUUGUGGAACUCUUUAGUCAUGUAUCCUGGAAUGAUUGUCUGCAAACAUGUACACACAGUGUAGAGUACAGAAUACUGCCUGAAACAAGGGACAAUUCCAGAUGUAUCAUGAGAUCUGCAUCCUUUUGCCUGUUCAAAUUUUCAAGAAAGGUCAUCAGGGUUAUCAAAGGAGUGCAGAGAUAAUGGAAAGUCAGCUUUUAAAGCUUCUCUGUGUUGUUCUAGCUGUUCUUGAUCUAUAACUUAGAUUCAUGUUAAAGCAUAAAGAGAACAGAGAAAUAUUAUGGAAGUUUACUGACUGACAUUCUAGCCAGUUAAGAUGGAGAAUGCGGAGUCCAUGGGAAUGAUAUACACCUGAUGGUUUCUUUAUGAAAUUUACUGCUGAGAUUUAAGAAAAUCCUUUGUACCAUAGAAUUAUUAGCUUCUGAUGCUAUGGUUCUCAAGAACCCAUUACUCGCAAUUUCUUGAAUGGAUCUGAAGCAGUCUCAAAUCCCUCAAACUUCAAUGUAAUAUCUAAUAAACCUCUGAUCUUAUAGGUGUUACUCUAACUAAUUUAGAAGAUCCUAAAGAAUCAUUUUCUCAACCAAGACAUUAGAAUAUUAAAAGAUGAGUUAGUCAGUAGUGGCAGACCUACCUCAGUAGAAGAAGAAACAGUGGAUGAAGAACUUUCCUCUUGGGUCAAAGCAAAGGUCUGUCAAGCCUAGUGUCCUGUAUCCAGCUGGAAGCAAGGAAUAGAUGCAAAGGUCUUAGCACACAGGUCAUGUAUAAAAUGAAUCUUUCUGAAGCACAUCACUCCAGCUUUCAGCAGGCAGAUAUUUAGACGCCUCAUGACCCAGCUGUAUUCUAACAGUUGUGUUUAAUACUCUGGGACAGAUCUGUUUGUACUCUGUGAGUUCAUCUAAUCUCUUUCAGAACCGAUUUAUCCUUAGCAACAUCCUGUAGUAAUGGGACCUACAAUUUAAUUAAAUACUAAGGGAAAUAAUGUAUUUCUGUUUCUAUAUUCCAGACUUGCUAUCUUCUAAUCUUGUAUGCUCCUCCUACUUCUUGAAUGUGAGAAAUAAUUGUGUUCUAGUUUUCAUGCUUCACUGCCUCUCAGCCCCAGAGCGGUUACGAAAUGGUUUCUACUUGUGAAGGAGAUGCUUCGUAUUACUGAGGGCACCCAUGUGUGUUUUCACUGACAUACAAGAACCUUUUUUGGGCACAUGUGUUUAAAUCUGUAUGUACAGGGUUCAUCUACAAAACUUGUGAGAUUUGUGGAGGAGGGGUUUUUUGUUUAUUUUUUUCUGGACUACUUGAUGUAAUCAGGAUAAAAACGACAUACUUUUUGCCAAACAGGCCCUUCUGAAAGCAGAACCAGCAAGCUAUUUUUUGCGUACAGUUUGUUUAUAACACUGUUGACAUAAUAUUUGCAGUCUGGGUGAUCUCAUUAAAUGUGUUAAUGCAGUUCUUAUAUCCUACACAGAUGUGUUUUAAGUCUACCUGGAACACUUCAAUCGUUUCCUUCAGAAAAUACUCUUUAGAUGUUAGUGAUAUCCCACCUCCUUUAUUCUUUUGUCUUUUCUGCAGCAUACAUAGUCAUCGCUGCUAUUUCAGGAGUGUUUGACUAUUCCUAAAGCUGGUUCAAGUACACCAAUAACUGUGCUUCAUGUUCUUGGCCUUUUAUUUUGUCCUUUUUUUUUCCCUGCAUCAAAAGGGUGAGCAACUUUUUCCCAUUAAUAACUCUUCAGAAAUAAAAAGUAAUUUCCACUUGCCAGUGGGUGCAAGCAGAUAUUUUACCUGCUACUUCCUGUAUUAUACCUUCACCCAAGACAUCAAGGACAGUAUCUUGUGGUGUUGGUCAAAAGUUGCUGAUUACAAAUGGAAAGGCACACUGCAGCUGAAUGUGGUAGAUUGGGCUUCACAUUCUGUCCAAAAGAACUCACUUAAGCUGAUUGGCAUUGCUGUAGCACAUGCAAUAGGGUGUGAGAAAAAUCAUUAGAUGGAGUAAGGGAUAUAGUUGUCAUUAAUCCUUGGUUUUCUUCUAAGCAGGACAAUUACUGAAGAUUUUGCCAUUCUUGCAGAAUGCCAAGCCUGUUUUAGGCUAGCUCUGACUAGCAGCUUGCCAUUACAGUUCUCCGUUAACGGUGUGUCACAGCACUCUCUCCCAGCUCUUCUCACAUCUCUUCCUUGCCAGUGCCUGCCUGUGAUCCUGUGCCUCAUUUGCACCAUGAUUUCCUCUCUUCUUUUGGCUUCUGAGAAUAGCUGCUCCUCUUGACAACUCCUAUACACAGCAGUCCUAUCGAGUUAGGUCUCAGUACUUCCACUAUUUUCUUUACACUGUGUUGUUCUUUCCAAACUGACUCGGUAUUUGUGGUUGUUUUGUCACCAAACUGGUUAGUUGGACCUUGUUCCCGAGUUUGUUGCUGGCUGGAUUCAAAACUGGACAGUGAAGGCUGCUCCCCUCUGAGCUAUAAUAAGCCUUCACUGCAAUCCUUCCUUUUCUUUUUCAAGUAAAGAUAGAAGUAUUAUGAAGAAAAACAUGCAAAUGUGAAGUGAGAGUAAAUGGAUGCAAAUGUUUACUCCUUGUUCAGCAGCCAGCAUAGACCCCUGAUUUGAUGCACUUAAACACUUCGUACAUUUCAAACUUUAGUCUUCCUUCUUCAAAAGAAAUGAUAGGAAAGGUCUCAAAUCUGUGCAGAUUGUUGUAACGCAAGUGUCCUUGUCCCAGAGUAAGGAAACAAAGAUACCCAUUUGCAUGCUGUGAAGUGGAGAAGCCAAAGUGUUGGCAUAUUUGAACACUGUUGAUGAGCUGUGUUGAAGGAGUUUAGUUUUGUUUAGAGAUCACCAAUACAUAAGUACCGUUUUCUUUUGAUUGUUGACAUCGGCAGAUGUUGCUUGACCGUGGUAUGUUAGCAUAUCAGUCUUUUCAGCACAUUACUAGUUGUAAAAUUUGCACUUCUUAAGAAUUACUUGUUUGAUGUAAAAUUAUCUUUUUUAAAAAAUAAUUUACCUUUUCAGAGAUGAGGAAUCCAAUCAGUGCCUUGCUUGAUGUCAGUUCAGGGAGUCUGCUUUACUUUUUUGAUGGUUUUGCAGUAUGUUAGAGGAGAAUAAAAUGAGUUGUUAAACGUC